GCCCCCCCCCUCCUCACUCUGCCCGCGCCCCUUCACGCGGUCCACACGCGCGCGCGGACCCUCACCAUGCUCACCUGGCCGCGGUUGUCCUUCCUCCCCGCUCUGGGAUUUACUAAAGCGUCUGGCUGAAGCCCCAGCGGAGCGCUCGCGACAUCUGGACCGGCAGACAUUCCCGCGUGUGUCCCGUGUGUGUCGGCGCGUGGAGCGGGGGGUGCAGAGCAGAUCUUUGUAUUUGUGUCCCGCGUGAACCGGAGCCUCCAUCCAUCAUGAAGAGCCGCUCUCACAUCCUGCCUGUUGGUGUGCUCACAGCCCUGCUGCUGUCUCAGGUCUGCUCGGGCAUCAAAUGGCUAACACUGUCUCAAACGACUUCGCACAUCAACCAGACCCAGCACUGUAAGCGGCUGUCUGGCCUGGUGUCGUCGCAGGUUCAGCUGUGCCGCAGCAACCUGGAGCUCAUGCAGACCAUCGUCCAAGCGGCCCGAGAAGUCAAGAAGACGUGCCAGAAGACUUUUGCUGACAUGCGCUGGAACUGCUCCUCUAUCGAAAUCGCCGCAGACGGCCAAAAAUAUCCGCCAGACCUCGACAGAGGAACGAGGGAGGCUGCUUUUGUUUAUGCCUUGUCCGCUGCAACCAUCAGCCACACCAUAGCGCGGGCGUGCACUUCCGGAGACUUGCGCCUUUGCACGUGCGGUCCUAUUCCUGCGGAAAUUCCUGAGCCUGGCUAUCGCUGGGGGGGCUGUGCCGAUAACCUGCAUUAUGGUUUAAUGACGGGCUCCAAGUUUUCCGAUGCUCCCAUGAAGAUGAAGCGAUCGGGUUCCCAUGCCAACAAGCUGAUGCAUCUACACAACAGUGAAGUUGGGAGACAGGUACUGAGAGAGUCGAUGGUGAUGAAGUGCAAAUGCCAUGGUGUAUCUGGAUCCUGCUCCAUAAGGACUUGCUGGAGAGGACUCCAAGACCUCAGGGAAAUAGCCAUGGACCUUAAGACCAAAUACCUGUCUGCCACCAAGGUGAUUCAUCGGCCCAUGGGGACACGCAAGCAGCUGGUACCUAAAGACAUUGACAUCAGGCCGGUGAGGGAGAAUGAACUGGUCUACUUGCAGAGUUCCCCAGACUUCUGCUCCAAGAAUGAAAAACUGGGCUCUGUUGGCACGCAAGACAGGCAGUGCAACAAAACCUCGGUUGGCAGCGACAGUUGCGACCUGAUGUGCUGCGGACGUGGCUACAACCCCUACACGGAGAAGCUGGUCGAGCGCUGCCACUGCAAAUACCACUGGUGCUGCUAUGUAACCUGCAAAAAAUGUGAGCGGAUUGUGGAGAGAUACGUUUGCAAAUAGGCCUGUGCUCCUGCCAGCAACCCCCCCCCCCUGAGCAUAGAAGGCUACAGAUUAACCAAAGCACUACAUUACCAAGAAGGCCUACUUUUGUCUUAAGCUGUUUGUAUCUCCACAACAAAAGAUCCGCUCCUGUGCAUCUUUCCUUGUAUCUUAUCUCUAAACGUGGAGGUGUUUCAUUGUUCAGACCAGUGCAGAUGGUAAUCGCACAACUCCAGAGAAACUAAAGGUCACUUCUGUCAAUUACAAAAAACAGUGAAAUAUUUGAGGUUUUCUGUUGGAAGAAGGUUUGCUCCCUUUGUUUAAAAAGCAGAUUCUUUUAUAGACCUAACAUAUUUAAAGGUACUAUCAAUGCUUUACUUUCCCUCUCAUGAUGGACGAUGGAGGACAGAAUACUAUAAAGGGAACCUCAAAUGCUUUUCGCUCCUGGAGGAUUUUGUUUUGAACUCAUCUCGUGCCGUGUGGAUCCUGAUGUGCCUUCAUCCCUGUGGAAGAGCAAAGAUCGCAGAGACCUUCAUCAGCACUUGGCUGCAGUUUUUGGUCUCACGUUCAGGCGGUUCAAAUGUAUUUUUCAGAGCAUAUAAAAUAAACUCAUGGAUUUUCUAAACCACUUUACCGUGGAUGUAUAUACUGUUACUUUGUAUUUUAAAAAUAAACAGAAGUAUUUAUAAAAAUAA